ACCUUGAUCCCCAGUGACCUCGAAAGAUUGACUCGUGUGAUUCCAUCUCCAUCUUCUUAUUCUCAUAACUCCAUCCUCUUACGAUUCCGAUCAAACAAGACACCACAUCAAAUCAUACCAAAUCGAGCCCGACAGCAAGUAGACAGUACCGACGACAAGUUCCAAUCGACCCAACGAAAGGACUCUAGUUCCCCCCGUAGAAAAACAACCACAGCCAAAGGUCGUUCUCGCCCACGAUGAACUGCCCUUCGCGCAACGACGACAUCACGCUGGAGCAUCCAGACUGGAACCAGAACCCGCCCUUCUUGUCUGCCGACCUCACCACCUGCGAGGAUCUGAACGGCAUUGCCAACGCCCGCGAGCAACGCAGGGCCCGGGGCGGCGCCGGCGAUGGAUCCGACGGCCGGGGUGACGACAUGAAUUACCAGACGUUGCCACGUCUGCAGCCCGAUCGGAGGCUGCGCGUUUCGGGAGGGUGGAAACACGGUUUCCAUCCCCGAAACAAAAAGGUGCAUGGUGGUGAUGACCAUACACCUCUCCUUUGGGCCUCUGCGCCCGCCCGCUCCGCCCUCUGGGGCUGGGUGAGCUGGAUCAUGUCCGUCAUUGGCUGCUCAGCCAUCAUCUCUGCCCUCAAGAGCCCCGAGGCUGUCGCGUCUUUCCUUGUCGCGACCAAAGAAACUACUCAUUCCAUCACCAAGCGCCACGCCCACACUCACGACCACGACCGCAUUACCGCCCGCUCAACCUGCCCGACUGGCGGCCUCGGCGACGAAGAUGCCUACAACACGCCCCUCCACGUCGGCGCCCUUUUCAUCAUCCUCGCAACCUCCUUCCUCGCCUGCGCCUUCCCGCUCAUCGCGAAGAGUAUCCCCGCCAUCCGAAUCCCCCGUACCUUCUUCUUCGCUGUCCGCCACUUCGGUACCGGCGUCCUCCUCGCCACCGCCUUCGUUCACCUCCUCCCGACGGCCUUCACCCUUCUCGGCAACCCAUGUCUGAGCUCCUUCUGGGUCGAGGAUUACCCCGCCAUGCCGGGCGCCAUCGCCCUGGCCGGCAUCUUCCUCGUCACCAUCAUCGAGAUGGUCUUCUCCCCUGCCCGCCAGAUGAGCUGCCGCCCCGAUGACGCCGUACUCGCCCCGAACCAACCCGAGGCUGGCGAUGAAACCGAUCAGGGGCAGCAACAGCAGCGCGUCGAGAAGCGCGUCAUCGUUGACGAGGAGAACCGCGCCGUGCAAGUCAACUCCAACGGCGGAAUCGUCCUGACCCCGGCACAGCAGCACCAAAAGGACAUCCUCCAGUGCAUGAUGCUCGAAGUCGGUAUCCUAUUCCACUCCGUCUUCAUCGGCAUGACCCUCUCCGUCUCCGUCGGUCACGAGUUCGUCAUCCUCCUCAUCGCCAUCGCCUUCCACCAGACUUUUGAAGGCCUCGCCCUGGGCUCCCGCAUCGCAAACAUUGACUGGCCCCAGGGCAGCCUCCAGCCCUGGAUGAUGGCCCUUGCGUACGGCUGCACCACGCCCAUCGGCCAGGCCAUCGGUCUCGCGACCCACCGCCUCUACAGCCCGGACUCGGAGUUUGGCCUCAUCCUCGUCGGCACCAUGAAUGCCAUCUCGUCUGGGUUGCUGGUCUUUGCCGCGCUGAUCGAACUUCUGGCCGAGGAUUUCCUGUCCGAUGAGAGCUGGCGUGUCCUGAGGGGCUCGAAGCGCGUCUGGGCUUGCGUGCUCGUCUUCUUUGGCGCCUUUGGCAUGAGUCUUGUCGGAGCGUGGGCCUAGGUGGAUCCCCCGAGGCUAAGGGGGAACAGUCUGGAUCGAUGGUGACACCGGUUUCCUGCCUGGUGGUCUCCUGUUGAGUCGUCUGUGACCCUCUUGCACCUGAAGAGACACGGUGAGGUGUCUCAUUCAGGGUUAGACGGCGAUGCUGCAUAAGUGGAUGGCGCGAGCCGACCCCUUACCGCGUUGUCUCGAUUUCAAUUUUCCAUUCAGCAGCUGGGUUUGUGCUUAUGUACAACAACCUCUGUCAUCUGUUUGCAUGAAUCUUGAAAACUGGUGUAUCUCGUUCUUUGGAAGACUGCCGCUUGAGAGAGAGUUGUCGGUCAGAGUGCUUCGUUAUUUGCUCUACGUUUGGUUUCGUCUAUGAAGCCGUCCGCUCGUUCAAAGUAGUAUUAGUGCGAUACGUUACUUAGAUUAUGAAAAUUUAGAAAAUGAUGUGGAU